CGCGAGUUACGUAACAGGUGAUUUCAACAGCGAGAGCAGCUGGACGGCCCACCAGAGAGCCCACUGCUGUUCCUGUGUUGCCUUGUCUUCAACGACACCUUUACAGGGUCAAAGAUGGACCUUGUGCUAAAUGUGGCAGAUUAUUACUUCUUCACUCCAUAUGUGUAUCCCUCAUCAUGGCCUGAGGACGAGGCUCUGCGACAGAUCAUCGGUUUGAUGGUGGCCACUAACCUGGGGGCUGCUAUCUUGUAUCUGGGCCUGGGUGCUUUGAGCUACAUUUUCAUAUUUGACCAUAAAUUAAUGCAACACCCUCAAUUUUUGGAGAAUCAGGUACAGCGAGAAAUAAAGUAUGCAUUGUGGUCUUUGCCCUGGAUUAGUAUACCUACAGUAGCGUUGUUUUUCGCUGAGGUCAGAGGGUACAGCAAACUGUACGACAAUGUCGACGAGUCGCCGCUUGGUUGGUCCGGGCUGAUAUUCAGCAUGGUAUCUUUCCUGUUUUUUACUGAUAUGUGUAUUUACUGGAUUCACAGAUUCCUUCACCACAAGUUGAUAUAUAAGUAUUUUCACAAACCUCACCACAUUUGGAAGAUUCCGUCUCCAUUUGCCAGCCACGCUUUCCAUCCUGUGGACGGAUUUCUCCAGGGCCUCCCCUACCACAUCUACCCCUUCUUCUUUCCUUUACACAAGGUCCUGUACCUAGUCCUGUACGUGUUUGUCAAUGUCUGGACCAUUUCCAUCCACGAUGGUGACUACCGCGUGCCCAACCUGCUUCAAAUUGUCAUUAAUGGUUCAGCUCACCACACAGACCAUCACCUCUUCUUUGAUUACAACUACGGGCAAUAUUUUACCCUGUGGGACCGCAUCGGAGGCUCCUACCGCUACCCUUCAGCUUUAAUGGGAAAAGGGCCACAUGACUGCAUCAAGAAGUUAAUGGCAGAAGGAAAGCUGAACUCAAACGGCAUGAAUGGGCAUGAUAAUAAUAAAAACAGCUCUCGUGUCAAGAAAGAUUAGGUGGACAUGUAAAAGCAGCACAAAUGAGUCAAGGUAAGCGUUCAACGCUUGCAUUUCUUUUUUGGGGAAUGGGCUUUAAAUAUUCUGCAGAAAGCUUCUUUCUAUAAGGACUCAUCAUUGAAAUAAUCAGUUGUGGAUAAAAUGUGUUUUUUCUUGCCAAAUGGAAACAAGCAACAAAUAUGUCCAUCAUUGCCAAAUAGAAACGUUUGUCAUGUAGGCAUUCUUGAAACUUAAUAUGAAUUAAAUUACUAUUUACUGGCUUCUGUCAAGUAGACGUCUAUAAUUUUGCUGUCAUGCUGGCAGGACUCCAAUUGUAAUUGACCGGACAUGAACUUUGCGAUGAAACGCAAUCUUAAAAGUAAACGAGACUUUCUUGAAUCCUCAGUUUGUCUAUAAACUGAUCAAUAUUUAAAAGACCUGUCUUUACAUUGCAUUGUGUAGCUUUGGCUGAUCACAGUUAUCUAGUUUUUAAAAAGAAAAUGUAAUCCAAUUUGAUAUGAAUUGCAUGUUCUCUCCAAAUAAAAGAUUAUGUUUGUCA